CGCUCUGGCGCUCCCCGUGGAGAAGGCAAAGGAGAUGGCCAAAACGCUUCUUGCCCUGGGCGCCACAUCAGCGCAAGCGGAUAUGAACGGGGUCACCGCCUGUAGGCAACAAUUUUCUUUGUUGGCGGAUUGUUCUUACCCCUUCAUGGCUGUCUCAGGAGCUAUCCUGCUUCCCGAGACAGCGCAUUAGCUCCCAAAACACCCUCCAGACAUUUCCGAAAUAGGAAGUUCACACCUGACAUUGUUGGUAGUUCACCGCUACGUUGAGGCGAACGCUGAGACGCUCCUUGAAUCUCUCUGGGAAACCGACCCAGCCGGGGCCAAGGCAGCCAUCAAUCAUAUCGCCUUCCCCAACGGAUCCAGCUGCGAGACGCC